UUUCGUCUCAAACUUAUUUAUUACAGUAUUAAAUUAUUACACGACGAAAAGGAGACACUUUUCAUACAUUUCUUCAGUAAGUCCCAUGGAGGAGAACGAUGAGCUUUUCAGGUCCUCCAAAAAUACCCCUAAUGCCUCACAGAAUGAAGGACUCUCACCCAGCAAAUCCACUCAAACCUGGACCUUCAAGGCGUUACUGCAGGAGCAGAGAGACGAUGGAGAUGAGCAGGAAACCUCAGAAGUGUGGCUGGAGUGGAGGAACUUGGAGAGUUGUGGCCUCACUCUCUCCCACCUCCUCUCUCACUGCUCCACUGCUGCUGUAUCUCACAGAGUGGAUUUGUUGGAUGCACAGCUAGAGAUAGACUCCGAGUCCCUCGCUGAAUUUGAGAUGCAGCUUUACCAAGUGAUUGAGAUGUAUCACAGCAGAGUACAGUGGCUGACUCGAGGCAGCAGAAAGAUCUUUGGGAUGGUGACAGGAUCCAGACUUGGAGUUCUCAUUGACUCUUCUGACAUGAGCUGCUCUGAAGAGAGGCUCUCAAAUCUCCAGCGCCACCUCCUGCUUCUUGUAGAAGAGCAGUUAUGCCUGAAGAAGCAGCUACACUUCCUGUCCAUCGGCACAGAAGUUAGCAGUCUGUGGGAGAGGCCAAGAGACGUGAACCCAAAAAGGCUGCAGGAGGUUCAGGAGUGGAUCCUACGCUUGAGGCCGAGCGGAGAGUGCAACCUGCUGCAGGCUUUAGAGGUAAUCCGGAGCCACGCCCAUCUUGACAGCCUGCUCAUCAUCCUGAGCUCCUACCCUGAUCAGGAUGUGGAUAUUUUACUCUCCUCUGUGUCUGAGGUGGUCCAGGAGAUGUCGCUUUCUGUUCACGUGGUGUCCUUCGACUCCUGCAGUCCAGAAGCCGUUGCAGCUGUAAAGAACAUCAGUAAAGUCACAGGAGGGAGAUUUCACCUGUUCUCUGCUGCACUGGGUGUAGUCGACAGCAGUAGUGACUUGGAGCCUCUGUGGGCUGAAAUUAAGGCCGCACGAGCUGUCCUUCACCACGCUCAGGACGUGCGGCGGUGUGGACGCCUUAACGACACGGCAGUGUCUCUGGUUUCAGAGAUCUCGACAGAUUUGGACUUGCUGUCUCUGUCUGAUCUGAACUCUGGCGCUCUGUGUGUCCAGCCUGCAGAUUCUCUCCCGUCCACCUCUGCUGAGUGGCUGAAAACACACGGCCUGAAAGCCAAGAAACUGAACCUGUACCAUGUGCUGGCACCUAACGUCUACUCUCCCCUGGAAGGCUUCGUCCCCAUACUGGGGAAGAACGUCCAGUCAAGAGUGCACAAGAAAGCAGUGGUGCAGUUCGAGUGGCACGAUGGCACGUUGAAGAACUUGCAUGUGGAUCUGCCCCUGCUGCAGAAUUAUCAGAGGUGGCUCCUGGAGGCUGAGGGUGUGUUGGAGGACAGGGUCAUGUGGUUAAAUGAUAGCAGCAGCAGGCAGAUCUGGGGAACAGUGUGUGAACAGAGCGUGCACGUUCUGCUGGACAUGUCCGACAUGAGUGCUCACCACCAGCUGCACAUCCAGCAUGCCAUCCGAGUCCUGCUGCAGGAGCAACUGCCCAAUACGCACCGCUUCAACAUCGUAGCGUUUGGGUCAGGUGUGAAAGUGUGGAGAGAGCAAACGGUUUCAUCUAACCACCAAAACCUUCAGGAUGCCUGGCAGUGGGUUCAGGAACUGGAGUGUGCAGGGCAUCGUAACACACUGACUGCUCUCAGACACGUUGUGGAGACAGAACCACACCCCGACUCCUCUCUCACUCACGGAGUGUAUCUGCUCACCACCGGCGCUCCGGAUCAGGACAGCUCAUCUAUCUCUUCAUACGUGUCAGAGUUCUGUGCUGCUCUGCGGAUUCACGUGUGCCUGUUCACCAGAGAGGACGCGCCGCUCCGAUGUUCGUCCUGCUACAUAUCCCGUGCCGAAGUCGCUCUGUUUCUGCGCAACCUAGCACACAACGCUAACGGGCGCUUCCACUGGAUCACAGACACAGGUACAGUGGAGAGCGAUGACCUCACUGCCCUAAUCAGAGAAAUGGAGAAGGCUGCUGAUUACUGGCAGAAGUGCUGUGAGCUGGUGGACUCUCUGCUUCAGCGGAGCUCCAGCGCCGGUCCAGAGGAGGCUCAUGAUCAAGAGUGUCGUAGCCCAGCUCGAUGCGCUAAGGCUUGGACGCAGAAACACACACUUCCUCCUCCCAGAGAGACCCGACUGAGCUCAGCCAGGCUGAGGAGCCCGGAGGGGAAACGUUCACCAGCAUGGAGGCCAAACAGUGCCAAAGCAGUCAUUCCUCCUGCACGUCCAUUAGAUGGUUGGGAACUGGUCCGGCUUGCAAACUCUGCUAAAGUGAAGAAGAAGCAAAGAAUCCCGCGCUCUGCUCUCGACUCGGAGGAAGACAGCCCAGUAACUGUAGGUUCAGCUUUAAAACAUCUGAAAGCCAACAGUGUUCAGAAGUGGAUUAAAAUCCCAAAAUAUGAGGAAAUCUCCUCUUCCAAACAGUGGCUGAAACGGUUUGGUGUCAGGACCCUGAAACUGGACCUCCACAAGCUGCUGUCGGUUCCUGCCUGCACCCACCGUAAGAAACUCGUCCCAUCCGUUAGCAGGAGUGUGUCUGCAAAAUACUGCGCCAUCUUUCCCAGCGUGCACCUAAACGGACGAGUGCGGCAUCUGUUCCUGAGUUCGGGCGAGUUGAAGCAGUACCUGAUCCAGACUGAAAGGGUUCUGCAGCGUUACGCUCAGAGGAUGCAGUGGUUACUCUCAGGCAGCAGACGUGUGUUUGGCUGCGUGUUGGAGAAGGAUGUGUGUGUCAUCCAGGAUGUGUCGGGCUCCAUGUCGCCCUGCCACGCCCAGCUGCAGAGAGAGCUGACCUCACUGAUCUGGGAUCAGCUGCACACCAACAGAGUGAGAUUUAGCAUGGUGGCGUUCUCUGAGGAGGUGCGGGUGUGGCAGGAGGAGCUGGUGGAGGCCUCAGAGGAAAGGUGCAGGGACGCAGUAACCUGGCUGGGUCAGCUUAACACACACGGAGGAACCUCCAUUCUCCAUGCAUUGCAGGCAGCGUGUGUGUUUGGCGACUCAGUUGGUGUGUAUGUGAUCAGCGAUGGUCGGUGGGACUGUAGCUGCAGUCUGGUGCUGAAGGAGACUGAGAGACUGACGUCAGGAAAACACAUCACCAUCCACACGGUCACGCUGAGCAGCCCGGACAGCACAGCUGUGGUUCUGAAGAGCCUGGCCCAUAAAACUGGAGGCCGGUUCCACCAGGUACCUACAGCUGCAGAUAUGGCUGCGGCUCGCGGGAUCCUGAGCAGCGGGUUCGGUGCUGGAGCGGACUCGGUUCUCCCAGAGUUUUAUGGCGAUGAUCUGAAGAGGCUGAGGAACGAGAUAGAACAGCUGAGAAUGUUCCAGAAACAAGCCAAAGAUUUCAGGGAAAUGUUACUGAUGAAGAAUCCAGAAAGCAGCAGCCUGAAGUAAACGAAUCAAGAUCCACUGAAUCUUUUAUUUUUUGAACUGAUUUAAAAUCAUGAUCCUCUGUUAAUUAAUAAAGCUGUCUGUUUCCCGGAUACUUGUGUGUAUUAAAAAUAAAAAUACAGUGAGUCUCCUCUGUUAGUCUAUGAUAGUAAAAAUACACUUUCAGCUUUCAGCUAUGUAGAUGUCUGAUAUCUCCCCAGAUAGCACACCUACAGUCGGCCCAACGUUGGCCCACCCUCGGCUGCACUGACGGGCUAUCAGAGGUAUGACCAGCGGGCCUUCGUCAGGCCGACAUCGGCAAGCUGAUAAAGGGGGAAAAAAACAAGAUCUUGUUACUAUCACAUGUCCUGCCACCUGCAAGCUGCUGGUGGUCCGAUAACGGACCACCAGAUGUGUUUGCCGCUCACUGUCGCUAUAGCUGGCCGCUGGAUUCUGAAAAUAUUCUGCAGAUUCUGAAAAUAAAAAGUUACAAUACUACCCUGCUGUUGUUAUAAUUUAAUAAUCUUUAAAAUAAAAAAUAUGAGAACAGUUAAAGUGAAUAUCUGCAUCCUUUUUUUUUUUGUCUUGCCGACAUCGGCCUGACGAAGGCCUGCUGGUCGUACCUCUGAUGGACCGUCGACGGUGGACCAACGUUGGUGUGCUAUCUGGGUCUGUCCACAUCAACAUGGCAAUGAUCAGGUUUACGGUUGCAGUCUCAGGUGAGGCGGCAGGUGAUUGACAGGUGAGGAUGUGAACCUGAGCCCGUGCACUGAGGCAUGAUGCAGCUGAUGGAGAAACGGUGGUGUGCAGGACAAGGGACA